AUGAUCGUCUUCCUCAUUGCUCCGAUCUUCACAUUUAUGGGCAAAGGUGCCUUCUCUGACUGCGGUUCCAUGAUGAGUCGGAUGUUUGACGGCAACGACUUCGACAGUACUUUCUUCGAUAGCAUCGUACCUGUUGGCCUCUUUGGAUGUCCGGAGGAUUGCCGCAGCUCUUAUAAAGUGUCCAGUGCGAAGUGUCCGGCCUCCGAGGUGUCCCUGACUCCGGACAACUUCGCGCUGAAGCUGGACGUCCGGGGCUUCGUCCCCGAGGAAAUCAGCGUCAAGACGGUCGGAAACUCCGUCGAGGUGCACGCCAGGCACGAAGAAAAAGACUCAGAGGGACGCGGCUUCGCGAUGCGCGAGUUUCGACACAAAUGCACGCUUCCCGAUGACGUCGAUCCGGAAUCUGUGACGUCACAGCUCACAGGACGUGGUUUGUUGGCAGUCGAAGCCCCGAGUAAGAAGGCGGAGUCGACACCACCGUCUGACGCAGUCCCCAUCUCCGUGGAGCACACGUCUUCGGAGGACGUCCCCUCAACAUCGCAAGGAACAAAUUAA